AUGGAUUCAGCAUAUGCGGUGGGAGUGGAGGGUCCUUCUUCGACAGGAACAAACAGUGGAUGCGACUCCAAGGGUGUUGGCUGCGGGUCAACUGCUGCGCCACCGAAUCGCUACGAGUCCCAGAAGCUCCGGGACUGGAACACUUUCCUAAAGUAUCUGAAGAACCAAAAACCACCGUUGACACUGACCCAAUGCAGCGGAGCUAGUGUAAUCCAGUUCUUGAAAUACCUAGACCAGUUUGGGAAAACUAAGGUGCAUGUCGAAGGGUGCCCUUAUUUUGGGCAGCCCAACCCUCAAGAACUUUGCGCAUGCCCUUUGAAACAGGCUUGGGGCAGCCUGGACGCCCUCAUCGGACGACUUAGAGCAGCCUAUGAAGAGAACGGAGGGAGUCCUGAAUCCAACCCUUUUGCAGCCAAAGCUGUGAGAACAUAUCUUACGGAAGUGAGGGAAAGGCAGGCGAAUGCCAGAGGAAUAUCCUAUAAGAAAAACAAGCGAAAAAGGUCCACUGCCACUGCCGACACCCCCGUGGCUGGUGGCGUUAGUUAUACUAGUAGUGUCGGUGGGAAUGUUGAUGGUAAUGGUAAUAGUACUAACCUAAUUUCAACUACUACAACGACGUGUUACAAAAUUAAUUAA